AUGGUGUGCCCGUGCAACCUCUUUGGCAGCCUCUCCUACGGCGAGCCAAUCAUCAGCAAGAAGGACAAGACCGAGCACCCUCCGUGGUACCCGUCGCAGGCGGGGGUCGACGUCGGCCUGCGCGUGCACAACACGCUCACCGACCAGUCGGACCCGGUCCCGUUCAUUCCGGGUCGCGGCCGGCGCGUGCUCUGGUACACCUGCGGGCCGACCGUCUACGACGCGUGCCACAUGGGCCACGCGCGCGCCUAUCUCACCUUUGACAUCCUGCGCCGCAUCAUCGAGGACUACUUUCGGUACGAAGUCCUCUACCAGAUCAACAUCACCGACAUCGACGACAAGAUCAUCCUGCGGGCGCGCCGCAACAAGCUGCUCGCCGACUUCAAGGCCGAGCACGCCGCAGAUUACGCCGCCGUCGAGUCUGCGGUCGGCGCCUCGCUCGACGCAAAGGGACAAAAGCUCGACAAGAAGAUGGCGGCGCUCGCCGCGAUUGAGCUGCCGGCCGACGCGCCGUCGCGGGAGAGGGAGAUGCACGAGACGGAGAAGGCGGCGGCGGCGCUCAAGAAGCGGCAGUUCGACGACAUCGCCGCCUCGGCGCUGGCCGCGGCGAGCGAGUCGCCGAUCGAGGCGCUGUUCCGGUUCGCCGGGAGCGAGCUGGGCGAGACGCUCGACGCGGAGAAGGGCUCCACCGUCACCGACCACCAGAUCUUCAACGCGCACGCGCGCUUCUGGGAGAAGGCGCGGCUGAGAGAGACGGGGCAGAGAUGGGGAGAGAGACGGGGCAGAGAUGGGGCGAGGUGGGGCGAGGCCUACCUCGACGACAUGGCGGCGCUCGGUGUCAAGGACCCAGACGUGAUGACCCGCGUGACGGAGUACGUGCCGCAGAUCAUCGAGUUUGUCCAAAAGAUCGUCGACAAGGGGCUCGCGUACAAGGGCGGCUCGGGCUCCGUCUACCUCGACAUCGACGCCUUCAAGACGCAGGGGCACCACUACCGCAAGCUCUCGCCCUUCAGCGGCGACACGAGCGCCGCCGACAUGGCGGAGGGCGAGGGCGAGCCCGCCGGCGGCGCGAAACCGCUUCGGUCGAACAUUGCGGCCGAGAAGAAGAACCCGAACGACUUUGCGCUCUGGAAGAGCUCCAAGCCGGGCGAGCCCGCGUGGCCCUCCCCGUGGGGCACCGGCCGGCCUGGCUGGCACAUCGAGUGCUCGGUCGUGGCGGGCGACAUCCUCGGCGCCAACAUGGACAUCCACGCCGGCGGCUCCGACCUCAAGUUCCCGCACCACGACAACGAGCUUGCCCAGUCAGAGGCGUACUACGGCCACCACCAGUGGGUCAACUACUUUUUCCACGCCGGCCACCUGCACAUCAAGGGCCUCAAGAUGUCCAAGUCGCUCAAGAACUUCAUCACCAUCCGCCAGGCGCUGCAGGAGCACUCGGCGCGCCAGAUCCGGCUCAUGUUCCUCAUGCAGCCGUGGGACCGGCCGAUGAACUUUUCCGACCAGACCCUGUCUUCUCUAGGCGCCGCAAAGUCCAAGGAGGCGCAGUUCAAGAACUUCUUCGGCACGGUCAAGGCGCUGAUCCGCUCCAAGUGGCUCGACGAGGAGGUGGGCUGGAGGAGCAGGGAGGAGGACCGCGCGCUGUACGACCAGAUCGCCGACUGCCAGUCAAAGUGCCACCACGGCUUCUGCGACAACUUCAACACGCCGCAGGUGGUGGACGCGCUCUCCUCGCUUGUCACCUACUGCAACAACUACCUCUCGCGCCCGCCGCCCGCCGCGCCGGCCGUCUACCUGGUGCAGAAGGCGGCCGUGUACAUUACGCAGAUCCUCAAGGUCGUCGGCGUCGCCGAGGGCGCCGACGACAUCGGCUUCCCCGUCUCGAGCGCCGGAUCCGAGGCGGAGGUGGAGGGGCCGCUCGACGCCUUGACCGAGUUCCGCGACGCGGUCCGCAGCAUCGCCCGCAAGAAGGGGCCGGUCGAGGAGAUCCUCGGCGCGUGCGACGCGGUGGCGGACAAGGUGCAGGCCAGCGCGCCGGCGGCGGCGCGGCUGAGCGACCAGGUGGCGAAGUCGAGCACGUGGAAGCUGGACGACCCCGAGACGCUGAUGAAGGAGGUUGCGGCGAGGCGGGCGGAGGCGGAGGAGAGG